AUGGCAAAAUCAUACAUAGAUGUAUCCGGUGAUAAUGAAGAUGUAUCACCAUCAGUCUACGCAUUCUUUGAUAAGGAUAGAUACUUCUUUGAGUGUGGAGAAGGCUCACAGAGAGUGUACAAGGAGAGAUCGAGUAUCAAGAUUGGAAAGAUAAGGACAAUAUUCCUCACCUCCCUAUCAUGGGAAUCCCUAGGUGGUCUGAUGGGUGUGUUCUAUCUCCUCAUCGCCAUCGAAGAUGUAAAAGAGGUCGAUAUCUAUGGUCCACCAGGUCUAUACAAUAUCUUCUAUCACUCAAGAGAGUUUUUGAAUAUUACCCUCAAGGUCAAUGUGUACGAGAUGAAUAGCAACUCUGUCCAAACACUUAACCUUGAACAGCUCACUGUCCAGACCAUUCCUUUGUCAAAGAGGACCCUGCAACAACUGCAGGAACAGCAGAAGCAGCAGAUGGACGUCACUCCUUUCAAGAUGACAACGUACCAUAACUAUAUGGAAGCGGAACAGUGGGAGAAGUUGAUGGCCGCAACAUGUGCCGAGCGCAAGUCAAUGUACGUCAAUGUCACACAGGUUGACCCAAGCUCAGUGGUCGAUAGGGACGCUGUUCUUUGCUACAUUGGUAUCACUAAGGACUUUCCAGGCCGCUUCUACCCAGAGCGCGCCAUUGCAUUGGGUGUGCCAAAGGGACCAAUGUUCCACAAGUUGUCCAAUGGACAAUCAGUUCAGACACCAAAGGGCGAUACUGUCACACCCGAUCAAGUGAUGGACAAGACACAACCAGGCACCAGGUUUGCAAUCAUUCGUUGUCCAACCGUAGAGUACUUUGAUAGUUUGUUCAACAGCACUGCAUUCACAGAGUACUUUGUUGAACAACCAGCGACACAACUAAGCUCAAUUGUACAUCUGGUUCCAGAAGAGGUGUUGGCCACAGAGCAGUAUCAACAGUUCAUGAACAAGUUUGGCACUGCCACCAAACACAUCAUUGUCAACAGUACCAAUUGUCAGGACUACAAACAGUUGGCUGCGGCGGAGAUGGAGAUCAAGAAGCUGCACUCAUUCCUCCCCAGUCUAUUCCCUGGCGAGGCUGUUCCCAACCAAGUAGCCCCGCUCUCAAAUUCAUUGGCCGCGUUGCCCAACGUCAUACCAUGUCAAAAGAUGACAAGAGCUUAUCUUGGACCACCAGCAUCAGCUGGCACAGUGGAGUUUGUUGCAAUGGAUGAGGAGAUCUCUGAGGACAAGGAUGAUCGAGUUACAUCCGCAUUGAUGAUGCAUCCAAAGGCAGAGGUCAUACGUCAACAGAUCGCCAAGUUGACUGAGGAGCUCGAGCAAACACCAACUGAGCAGCGAAAGGCCUAUCCAAGAGUACUCUUUACAGGCACCAGCUCAGCCAAGCCAUCCAAGCAAAGGAACGUCACUGGACAUUUGAUCGAGACAGUCAAAGGCGAGUACAUGUUCAUGGACUGUGGCGAGGGUACAUUGGGACAGGUCACCAGGUUCUUUGGCAGAGAGGUCACCAAAGAUAUCUUGACCAAUCUCAGACUGAUAUGGAUAUCACAUAUGCAUGCUGAUCAUCAUCUGGGUGUGCCAUUGGUGUUGGAGAAGGCUGCCAAGGCCAGAGCUCAACGCCCUGAUAUUCCCAGACUUGUGGUCAUUGGUCCAUCCGAGCUCAUUGACUGGCUGGAAGGCAUGAAGGAGGUGAUACACACUGAUCACAUUGGAUUCAAGUUUGAUGAUCCUAGUCCACUGAUUGAUACAUGUCUCGAGAAGCUCAAUGUCCACUCAAUCAACAAUGUGUUUGUCGAUCACUGUCCAGAUGCAAGAGGUCUUGUCAUGGAGAUGAAGGAUGGCUUCAAACUAUCAUUCUCUGGCGACACUAGACCAAGCGAUAACUUUAUCAAGGAGGGAAAGUGUUCUCAUAUUAUGAUACACGAGGCUACCUUUGAGGAUGGUCUCGAGUCUGAUGCAAUCGAUAAGAAGCACUCAACUAUUAGUGAAGCUCUACAGGUUGGUGCCAACAUGGAGGCUCAAUGGACCAUGUGCACUCACUUUAGCCAAAAGACCAAGUGUCUAAACAAGAUACUCGCACCAAAGAGCACACUGCCUGCCAACUACUCAAUGGCAUUCGACAUGCUCUGUGUGUCGCCAUACCAGUAUCCACUGCUGAAACAAGUGCUCGAGCUGAUUGACCUUGAGGAAGAAAUAAAGCAGACAGUCAACUAA